AUGGCGCCCCCCACAGGCCCUCGAGGCAAUGCCCAUCGAUCCGUUCCCAGAGGGAGUCGUGGCGGUGGUAUCACCAAGCGACGUGGUACCCCAAUAACUGACAAAGACGGAGACGUCGCCAUGGAUGUGCCCGCAACAGGCUCCGGCACCAGCGGUGCUCCUGCACGAGAUAAUCGGGGAGCACGUGGCGGAAAAGGCGCUUCAACGCGAUCAUCUUCGCGGAUUGCCGAGAAUAUUCGGAACUACGGUGGAGACUCUGGCCAAGGCCAAGGCUCCAAGGCGCACUUCAAUAGGACGACAUUGAAGAUUCUUGGCCUCCGCAACAGCAAGGCCGCAAGCAACAACGAUGGAGGCCUGGGUACUCUGGUCAAUUUUAUUCAGCGAAAGGCUUCCAAGGAGAAGCCGAUCAGGAUUAGCAAGAGCACCCUAAACGGCGAUUAUGCCUGGAUCAGCGUCAACAAGGAUGAUGCCCCGGUUAUUUUGCGACUCAACGGCUUCGUAUAUGCUGGCGCCACGUUGGAAAUCACCGAGACCACGGAGAGGAUGCCCAACGAUUCGAGCUCGCGGACCACCACAGAGGAGACAAAGAAGAAUUUGCUUGCCGUGUUGGGCAAGCGCUAUCACGCUGAGCAGAAACUGCUGGAUCUGUCAGCUCUUGGCACGGACGAGGGCCUGAGCAUGAUGGGUGCCUUUGGCUCGCAGUCACUCGCCGAGAAGGCGUUCAAGGCACUUCUGCAUCUUGCUACAUCGCAGUACAAGAACUCCCAGGAAAAGAACGAGGCCAUAGAGGCUGUAUCCCUUGCUCGGAACGACAUUAACGAUGUCCAGCAAGUCUUCACGCUCGUUUUCUCAUUGCCGGACCUAAAGCGGCUCGAUCUCAGCGGAAACCAUCUCGACAGCCUCCCCAAAAUUGCCAAAUGGGAGCAUCGGUUUCAGCAGCUUCAGGAGCUCCAUCUCACCGAUAACCCGAUCAUGAACCAGGACAACUUUGUCCCAGAGCUCCUCAAGUGGUUCCCGUCAUUGCAGAUUCUGAAUGGCCAACAGGUCAGAGCUCCGGAAGAAAUUGCGGAAUCUUUGAAGCUCAUCAGCCCGACACCUAUCGCGCAGUUCCCAUCGAACCUACGUGAUGGAGAAAACAACGUGGCGUCCGCAUUUCUAAGCGCAUUCUUCAUAUUGUUCGACAGCGAUCGGGCUCGACUGGCAUCUGAGUUUUAUGACGACGAGUCGUGGUUCUCAGUUUCAGUCAUUCCGAAUCCCGGCCGCACUCUUCCAUGGAAGUCGUACCUGAAGUUUUCGAGAAACGUGAACAGAGUCUCCACUAACAGGAGCCCUGAUUUGCUGAAGCGAAUCUUUACCGGCGGCGACCUCAUUGCUGGCUUGUGGGCACUUUUGCCCAGCACACGGCAUCCCAGUCUUGACCAACCUGGACAAUGGCUCAUUGACUGCCACACUUUUCCCGGCCUUGCAGACCCGUCCGGUCAGGGUGUUGCAACUGGUUUGGCCAUCUGUGUUAACGGCCAGUUUGAGGAGGCCGAUACAGCGCAGAAUAUCUUUGGCACCCGUACGUUCUCGCGGACGUUUAUUCUCGGACCCAGCAACCCAGCAAACCCGCGCUCUAAGCACCCUUACCGAGUUAUCAGCGACCAGCUCACGCUGCACAACUUCAAGGCCAAUGAGGCCGUUGUUCAGCAGGUGCCCGCUGUGUCUGCCAUGCCCACCUUGGCGACAGUACCCACCGUAGCCGCCGCCGCUCCGGUCCCGAACAUUGCGCCGAUGACCCCGGACGCGGCUACGAAAGCCCAGCUUAUUCAGGAGCUAUCGAGUCGUACCAACAUGACGGCCGAGUAUUCCGAGCUAUGCCUUGGAGGCGCUGCUAACUGGAAUUUCGACCUCGCCCUAGAAUCCUUUGAAAAGCUGAGGGCUACUCUGCCUCCGGAUGCUUUUCUCCCGGUUGCCUAG